CUCAAGUCUUGAUGAGCCUCUCAAGCCGUGAUAACCCUUGCAAGCCUUGCACGACUAUAAUAGCCUCUCCUUCGUACGAGCCUCACGUUGCAUUUCUCGACCGGAGUAUUUCCGCUCAUGGCGCUGCGAGCCUUGUGCAAUCGGCCAGGCCUACAGCCACCUCGUAUGGCCUUGUUAGGCCUCGUAAGACCCAGGCGGUUUUGCUGAUGAGUUCGUUCAGAUGACGCGCUGGCUCGAACGAAAGGAAAAAGUUUUAAGGCACCAGAAAUAUGUUAGUUGGUGUCUUGCUGAUGGCCACCAGUUCGAGCCGUACCAUUCACGUCCUCCAGAUAUGACAUUCCGUCGCGAACAAGUGAUGACAAAACAUCCUACCGCGAAGGCUGUCAGUAUUCAAAAAUUGGUCAAAGAUUACGGUGCGACUCAUUUUCGCGAGGCCCUCGCACGCUACAUUGUGCACAAAAGUCGAGACAAUCAUCCUGUCCUGCUCCGGGAUCGAGCACUUGAUCAAUUGGCGGGUGACAUUCAUUUUCCUUUCCACCGUCUACCCGUCUUUCACAAGAUCAAGUGGUGCUCAAUUGACACUGGUGGUUUAAACAAGGAACAUGUUACCUUGGACAGCGUCCAUGCAAAACCUCAACAAAAGUUAGGCUCUCGUCUCAUUCAUCGGCGCUCUGACACUGUUUUCAUAUGCCUUGGUGAAGACUCAGUUACAAAUGAUUCAUUAGGUUUCGGUGUCGGCCAAGUUCGUGUUAUAUUCUCCCUGCCCCCAAAGUCUUUACAAUUACUCUUUCCGCCCACUGUCAACAUUCCUCCUCACCUUGCAUACAUUGAAUGGUUUACUCCCUUCCCAUCCGCUCCAGAUCGAAACAACGGACUUUAUAAACUAUCGAGAUUGAUGCGAGGUGGUGACAGGGUAGCUAGUAUCGUGCCGGUGGGUGAUAUCGUGCGUAGCAUCCAUCUUAUACCGAAGUUUGGAGACUCGGCUCCACGAGAAUGGACAAGCGAGACCGUUCUUGAGGACUGUAAUACGUUUUGGGUCAAUUCAUACAUUGAUAGACACACUUUUUCGAUAUUCAGAUAAUCCUUACUAAUUCUCUUCUGUUGCGAAACAAUUUGAUCUUGCAGUUUCAAUAUUACACGAAUUUAGCCCAGGAGGGUUUUCCUGAUG